AAUAGAGGGAGCGGGAGAGAGGGAGGGAGGAUCGCCUGGAUGCGAGGGGGAGGGAAAGCGGUCUGAAUAAUUGAGAAGCCGCUUUCCGCGGUGGCGGCGGCGGUGGCGGCGGCGGAGGCACCCACCACCUCCUGCUUUCUGCUCCCAUCACCCGCAUCCCCUCACUUACCCCCCACACACAACCAGCAGAUACACCGAAGCCAGGACUGCAGGUGCUGCUUCCUAGAUCCCGUCCCUGGUUGCAGGUCGGCCACCUCCCGCAUCCUCCGGCCAGGGUUUUCCACCAGACCCCAAGCUUCAGGGAAAGGAGGAAGCUAAAGCAUGUGGCUGUGGCGUCCCCUGGAUCUUUCCUGAAAGGAGAGCCUCUCCUCCCUUGAAGUUGAUGUUCUCCUGAGCCAUUGGCUAAGCCCUCUAACUUCUCCAAGCAGCAGACAUCUGCCUCCAUCCCUCUAGGUCACAAUGAGUGGCAUCUUUGCCUCUCUGGACCCCCGGCGGGUACAAUGGGGGGCCGCUUGGUAUGCCAUGCACUCUCGGAUCCUUCGCACUAAGCCUGUGGAGUCAAUGCUAGAAGGCACAGGAGGCACCACAUCUCAUGGGACCAAGCUGGCCCAGGUGCUCACCACUGUGGACCUCAUCUCCCUUGGCGUUGGUAGCUGUGUGGGCACUGGCAUGUAUGUGGUGUCUGGGCUGGUGGCAAAAGAAAUGGCAGGACCUGGUGUCAUUGUGUCCUUUAUCAUUGCGGCUGUGGCUUCCAUCUUAUCAGGUGUCUGCUAUGCUGAAUUUGGAGUUCGAGUCCCAAAGACCACUGGGUCAGCCUACACCUACAGCUAUGUCACAGUGGGCGAGUUUGUGGCAUUUUUUAUUGGCUGGAAUCUGAUCCUGGAGUACCUGAUUGGCACUGCAGCAGGGGCCAGUGCCUUAAGCAGUAUGUUUGAUUCCCUGGCAAAUCACACCAUCAGCCGCUGGAUGAUUGACAGCGUGGGGACUUUAAAUGGCCUGGGAAAAGGAGAAGAAUCAUACCCAGACCUGCUGGCCCUUGUCAUUGCUGUCAUUGUGACCAUCAUUGUUGCCCUGGGGGUGAAAAACUCUGUAGGCUUCAACAAUGUCCUCAAUGUGCUCAACUUGGCUGUGUGGGUGUUUAUCAUGAUAGCUGGGCUUUUCUUCAUCAAUGGAAACUACUGGGCUGAAGGACAGUUCCUGCCUCAUGGAUGGUCAGGGGUUCUCCAAGGAGCAGCAACUUGCUUCUAUGCCUUCAUUGGUUUUGACAUUAUCGCCACGACAGGAGAAGAAGCCAAGAAUCCCAACACAUCCAUCCCUUAUGCCAUCACUGCCUCCCUCGUCAUCUGCCUGACUGCCUAUGUGUCUGUGAGCGUGAUCUUGACCCUGAUGGUGCCCUACUAUGCCAUUGACACUGAGUCCCCUCUCAUGGAGAUGUUUGUGGCCCAUGGAUUCUACGCUGCAAAAUUCAUUGUGGCCAUUGGCUCUGUUGCAGGCCUGACAGUCAGCCUCCUGGGGUCUCUCUUCCCAAUGCCCAGGGUCAUUUACGCCAUGGCUGGUGAUGGGCUGCUCUUCAGAUUCUUGGCCCACGUGAGCUCCUACACAGAGACGCCGGUGGUGGCCUGCAUUGUGUCAGGUUUCCUGGCAGCUCUUCUUUCUCUCUUGGUCAGCCUGCGGGACCUGAUCGAGAUGAUGUCCAUUGGCACUCUGCUUGCUUACACCUUGGUCUCAGUCUGCGUCCUGCUCCUCCGCUACCAGCCAGAGAGCGACAUCGAUGGCUUCGUCAAGUUCCUGUCCCAGGAGCACACCAAGAAUAAGGAAGGUGUUCUGGCUGAGUGUGAGAAGGAAGUUUGCUCUCCCAUGAGUGAAGGAGAAGAGUUUGCAGGCCCAGCCACAAAUACUUGUGGGGCCAAGAAUUUGCCGUCCUUGGGAGACAACGAGAUGCUCAUCGGGAAGUCAGAUAAGUCCUCCUACACCGUCAACCAUCCAAACUAUGGCACUGUGGAUAUGACGUCUGGCAUAGAGGCCGACGAGUCAGAAAACAUUUACCUGAUCAAGCUGAAGAAGCUGAUUGGACCUCGCUACUAUACCAUGAGGAUCCGCCUUGGCCUCCCAGGCAAGAUGGACCGGCCCACAGCGGCCACCGGCCACACAGUGACUGUAUGCGUGCUGCUGCUCUUCAUCCUCAUGUUCAUCUUCUGUUCCUUCAUCAUCUUCGGCUCAGAUUACAUCUCGGAGCAGAGCUGGUGGGCCAUCCUCCUGGUUGUCCUCAUGGUCCUGCUCAUUGCUGCCCUGGUCUUUGUGAUCUUACAGCAGCCAGAGAACCCGAAGAAGUUGCCCUACAUGGCUCCCUGCCUCCCGUUCGUGCCCGCCUUCGCCAUGCUGGUGAAUAUCUAUCUCAUGCUGAAACUCUCCACCAUCACCUGGAUCCGCUUUGCUGUCUGGUGCUUUGUGGGUAUGCUUAUUUACUUUGGAUAUGGUAUAUGGAACAGCACGCUGGAAAUCAGUGCCAGGGAAGAGGCCUUGCAUCAGAGCACCUACCAGCGCUACGAUGUGGACGACCCCUUCUCUGUGGAGGACGGAUUCUCCUAUGGCCCAGAUGGGGAGGGCCAGCAGGACUGGGGAGGCGCGGCAGCUGAAGACAAAGGCUUCUAUUACCAGCAGAUGUCAGAGGCAAAGGAAAACAGCCGGACGAGUAGCAAACCGAAAAGCAAAGGCAAACACAAACAGAACUCAGAGGCCCUGAUUGCAAAUGAUGAGUUAGAUUACUCACCAGAGUAGAAGCCAGUAAAUAAAGGGUGGAGGAGAUGAUGAUUAUGGGCAAGCUAACCUGGGGGUUAGGAGGUGAAAGCUUUCUCAGCUCUCAUUUUGCAACCAUCCCAUAAGUCAGUCCCCCUCCCCAAAUCAUAACCUGUACCUUGCUAUUUCCCUCCUCAAGAUAAUUCUGUAAAAAGGUUUAACCUGAACCCGAUAAUUGGCCCUCUUCUUCUGGCCUCACCUCUCCCCCCAAACUAGCGCAAAACCAAACCCAACAAGGCUGAUGGAAAAUCUCUUUUCAUUCCAACUGUCAGAAUCGAUCUGAAUGAGAGUUUCUGACCCCUUUGUUUUAGCAGUUAACUCAAAGGUUCUUUAUGGCCCUGUUGAGUCACCAAGAAACAUAGAACAAGCUCCCUGGGCAGCCCAAUGCUUCCGUCCCAAUGAGAGAGGUGCCAAAGCUGGUGGGUGAAUGACAAGUCACCAGAUUCAGCCCAUCCUCUGAGUCAGGAAGGGUACAAGGCAUGUUCUCUGUCCUUUCAGCUAGGAGUCCCUCACCACAGUUGAACCGGUGCAAAUAAGUUAGCUGGCAUUUUCUUAGCAAGAAAUAUUAUGUCCUGAAAGCUCAUAAAAUUGAAUUCUUGGACAAGAUAGGUGCCUCUUUGUGUUUACAAAGGGACUUCACCCAUAUGCAUCAAUGGACCAAUCAAAGAUCAAUGGAUCUGAGACAUCCCCCUAUGCCCCAAGUCUAAAUGAUGGAGUCAUGUAGAACAUGUGGCAUGGCCUGAGGUACCAUAAAGUUUUCAGUUAAAAAUAUAAUAGGCUUCUGGAAGAAAAAACAAUGUCCAAAGAACAUGGGCAGAAAUCAUAUCAGCCACUUCCUUUGCAGUCUGCACCAGUGAAAGGCCUACCCAUUCCCCACACCUAUGAAAUCUGCCACUAAGAGAAGCAUUUGCUUUCAGAACAAGCCCAAGCUCUCUGGCCAAUACAGACAGAGAUUUAAGAGAAAGCAAAGAAGGUUAUAAUCUCAUGGGACUCAGUAAAAAAUUAGGCCAAAUUUGUUUUAUCACUGGAUAAAGAUCUUAGCAAGUAGAGGUAUCCCCAACCAUUAAGGUCUCCCAGAAAAUUCUUCUCUAUUUUUAAAAUAACAAGUUGUGCAGUAUUUGGGUAUAUCUAACCAUUGGACUAGUGGGUGCUACUCUGAAAAAUGUUGACAUAUGGCUAGGCGGAUAAUAGCAUUCCACAAGCCUCCAUUCCACUUCAGAACCAGCUGAUCUAGGGAAUACACACCUACAUACCAGUGCUCUCUUCCAGUACAUUUCCCCAAGCAGUAUCACUAAAGCCCCAAGGGAGGGGAAAUCUCUCUCCCGAGGAGGUACUAGAUCUGGUAUUCUUACAAGAACAAACAAACAAAAAACUUUCCCCCCCACUAACACCACCCUUAUCCCAAACAAAGUUGAAGUAUUAAGAGUAACACACAAUUAAUUGGAAAUUCUCCCGUUAGGCUAUUGGCUGCCUCUCCCCGAGGCUUUACCAUUCCUUGCAAGCAAGCAAACUAUUUCUCAUAUGAUUUCACCUAAAAGCUUUACAAGAAUGAUCCUGAAAGGGGGGAGGGGGGAGAGUUUUUUCAUCAUCCUGCUCUUUUCCCAACUUUUUCAACUCUAUUCUGAUCCUUCCCCUUCUAAACACCUGGGUUUUGUGUUCUCAGCUUUCUUGUUUGCUUUGGGAUGAUGGUGAGCAGACAGCUGCCCUGUACAGGGACAGACAGAGCAGAUCCAGGAUUGUCUCCCAUAGAAAACCUAGAGCACCCCAUCUCAGCCGACCAGUCACCAGAGCCAACAGGUAGUCAUCCCUUCAAAACCACAUUCAAGGGGCAGCUAGAUGGCGCAGUGGUUAAAGCACCCGCCCUGAAUUCAGGAGUACCUGAGUUCAAAUCCGGCCUCAGGCACUUGACAUUUACUAGCUGUGUGACCCUGGGCAAAUGACUUAACCCCCAUUGCCUACAAAAAAAAAAAAAAAAACGCCCACAUUCAAAAUCAUUUCCCAAGAAAGCACCCUAGUGCAUGAGUACUCCCUGAACUUAGCACUACUCCUUUAAAGAAAGGAGUAUGGUUUUUGUUUUAACAUUUUGGUGGCCUUUGGCUUCACUGGGAUUCAGACUUCCAAUCAACAAUAUUGUGUUUCUCUCAUCUGAACUUCCCUUAGGGAGACAGUGCCUGAUCUGAAAGGAAGAGGAAUUUGAAAGAGCAGAUGGGUAAUGAAAUUCAUGCUUUUAUGUUCAUUUUGUAUACUGGAGGGAGAUAAUCAUCGGUAACCUUUGCAGGGGAGGGAAAGUGAUGGAUUUAUUUUAAGACUCAUCAGACCUACUUUGUUUGAAUAUAUCCAGUUAUAUUUCAGAUGAGUCUCUGAGCUGGUAGGGGGAAAGUAAUUAUUAAUUAACAUCACAGCAGGAAAAAAUCGGGGAAAUAGCAAAAAAUCUUAAUGCAGAAAGUAGAGAUUGGCAGAAGUCUUGUGAAGUUUGGUAGGUGUUUUUCCACUAGCAGUGUUCAAUGGUUCAAUUCAACAAGCAUUUAUUAAUCACCUAUUGUGUGCAAGGUAGUUAGCUAGGUGCUGGGGUUACAAUAACAAAAUAAAAAGCAGUCCCUUUCCUCAAGGAGCAUCAUUGGAUGAUCCAUCCAUCCCUUGGAUGGAUCCAAUGAUCCAUCAUUGGAGAAUCAUUGAAGUAGAAACUUAGUGGCCUUGUAGUUCAACCCCCUCAUUUUACAGAUGAGGAAACCAGAGUCCAGGGAGAUUGUGAUUUGUCCAAAGUCACAAAAUUGAUAAGCAUCAAAUUCAGAAUUUGAGGGUAGUUCCUCCCCUCCCUAUUAAUAUACAAAUAAAGAAAGAUCACUUGAGAAGGGAAAGGAAAUUAACAAGAAGAGAUGACAUGAAUAAAAAAAAAUUUUAAAGAAGAGAUGACAGGAAAAGACUUUCUAUAGAAGAUGGUCCCUGAGACCAGGCUUAGAGGAAGCUAAAGAUUCUGAGAAGGGAAGGUGAAGAGGGAAGAAAUUCUAACUGCAGAAAAGUCUGUGAGGGAAGAUGGUGGAAAGUCAGGGGAACAAUAAGUAGGCCGGUUCAUCUGGAAUAGCAAGAGAGUAAGUGGGAGUGAUGAAAAAUCAAAGUUCGAGAAAAGAAAGACAUUUUGUGUGUUGUCAUUGGUAAGUUCAUUUCUUCUGCAUGGAUCACCAAAGCACCUGUCAUACUGGGAGAAAUAUAGCAACAGAAUGAAAAGUACUCUUUCUCCCUGAUUUUGGAUAAUAAGGAGACUGUGGAUAAUUGGAAGGCACUGAUAAUCCUCAAACCUCAUUUUAAUCCAUCAUUCCACCCACCUCUUCCAUGAAAUAUUUCACUGAAUUCAAUUCAUAUCGACCAAACAGAUAUUUAUUAAGGGGAUGCUAUGUGCCAGGCAGUAGAGUUACCAAAAUGAAAAGAUCGGUCCCUGUCCUCAGGAAGCUUACACUGUAUUGAACUGCUAGGAAAUAGAAAGUCUCUGGAUCCGUGGUCUUACAUUAACCCUGUGACUGAAUGGCUUGUAUUCUAUUUCCUGAACUGUUACCUUGCCAACUGCCUCUCCUGGAGCUUCCCUGGCAGUGCCAGAACAGCUGGCCAACAAAGGCAGAGAAGAAAGAGAGGUCGGUGGCUCAAAUAAUCCACAGAUUAGAUGAUUUGCCACCGACUUGCUCAGCAUUAUAUGAGAAUUGUUCUUUUCUAACAGCUGAUCUGGUUUGGUUUGGUUUUGUUUUUAAUCAGACUCGCCUAUUCACUGUGUUUAAAAUAGAAUUAAGGGAUUUAAAGGAGCUCUGGGACCACCUCAUUUGCGUUCCCCUUCCUAAAUGUGCUGACUCAAGCAGUUAGCUUCCAUUCACAAAAAUCAGCCUCUUGGGACAGAAACCACAAAAUUCAUGGGAUGCAAAUUUGAAAUUAAAGAUUUGAUCAAAAGCAUUGAGAAUUCAGUGAAAAAGAAUCUGUACUUUUUAACAGCUUCUGUUUAGGUACCCCCCCCAAAAAAAAAAACAGCUUAUUUUAAAAGUCUCGCAAUAUACCUGGCAUCCAAAUUGUGCUAGGAAAGGAAUCUGAUAACUGAAACCAUGUCUGAUAAUGCCACAGAAUUCACCAGCUUCUCCUCUGCACUAGGCCUGGGUGCUAGAAAAAUUCCAUCCUAGGCUACAAAUUUCUGGCCUUUUAUUUACCAUGAGCUUUUUUGGGGAUCUGUUGGUGUAAAAAUAAAAUGAAUCACAGAAAACCCUGAGUUCAUGCUAACAGAGGGAAGAGGUGAGAAACAUGCCCAUUUUAAAUAAUGUAUGCUGCUAUUUUCAUGUCCUGCUUUUGAUUUCACCACAAAUUAAACAUGUCUAAUAGCCUAAAUCAUUAAAUUUUUACAUUCCAAUAGAACAUGAGCUCCUUAAAGACCCAGACUGUCUCAGUGCUCCAUUUGUGUCUGGUACAUAGCACUCGAUUAAUAGAUGAUCGUGGAUUGACUGUUUGAUUGGUUAAUUGGGCAUCCCAACAGAAAUCAUGAACAAAGGUAUAGACUUAUGACAUUAUAUUAUUCUUUUCAUCUACAAGAAAAAAUAAGCCAUCAGACCUAACAGUAAUCUUUUAUAGUUAUUUGGUCUAUAUGGCAAAAAAAAAUUUAUAAAUAAUUUGUUCAGAUUAAGACCAUUCUAAAUUAAAUGAGAAUCUAAGGGAUAGGGAUAUGAAUUGGACCUGUAGUUUCCUUGUUAUAGAGAACUGCUGGGUAAGGAAAUUCUCUUUGCCAAAGCAGAUUGACACCUUUUCUGAAAAAUUUAGUCUUAGAGAGGGUGAGUGGCUUGCCUUCAGGGUCACAUAGCCAGCACAUAUCAGAAACUGCAUUUGAACUCAGGUCUCCUUGACUCUGGGACCAGCUCUCUGUCCACUUUACUACACUGCCUCUCAUUCAUUUAGAUCUUUUUUUUCCAAAUUAAUAAAAAAGUUAUAGAACAUUCCUUUCAGAAUCCAUUUCAAAUAUGUACAAAUUCCCUCUAAGAGUGAAGUCCCAUCCAACCAAGUGCUUCCAAGCCCUGUUGAAGCUGCUUUACUGACCAAAUCAGGCUUAUCUUUCAUGAACAAAUCCAUGGGUUUACCAAGCUUCAAGGUGCCGAGAUUGUUUCUACGAACUUUAACAUUGUUUCUGUGUAAACCAAAUGGAAACUCCUGCCAACAUUAUUCCCUGUUCUCCUGGAAAUGUUCGAUACAAGUGACAUGAUUUAGAACACAUUUGGCUACAAUCUAUGACUAAGCCCCUAGCCUGUACUUUUUUCAAGGCUACAAAAUGGAGGAUUCCUCCUUCCUCUGAAGCCUGAAAGGAAGCUACAAGUUGGUACUGAAAUAAGAAUAGGUCAUAGAGGGUCAAGACAGCCCUAUGGAAUUCCCAGAACAAAAAGGGAGAAUAGGUGUUGAAACUAAAUCAAAUCCUCCAGAUCAGAAUUAGUUCCCUUAAGAGAGGCCAGAGACCAUGAAAUGUGGCUGAACCCAAUGCCUGAACUGUGGCUGUAGUGACUGAACUGGGCAGCUAAUAAAUCCUUUUCAGACUUAAGGUAUUCUAAUCACAGGCUGACAUAGAGUCACCUGUGAAUGAUGUGACCACAUUCUAUAAUGUCUCAAGAGAGACCAUCCUUAAGGAAGAAAUAACUCCAUGUUUCAUACCAGAUCCUUCUUUUGAUUCCUUCAUAGUACCCCCUUUUCCUCAAGUUGGAGCAUUAGAAGACAUCAUAUUUAUACUAGCCGAAGUUAUUUUGAAUCCCAUCUCUGAUGCUUACUACCUGUGUGACCUUAGACAAGUCUCAAGCUUGUUCCUUCAGACUCAGUUUCCUCAUCUUUAAAAAAAAAUAUUUAGAAGGAUAGACUAGAUGACCCCUGAACUUCCUUCCAGCUCUAGAUAUGUGAUUCCCACCUGGGUGCCCUUGGGAAAAUCAUUGAAAUUUCAGGACUUAGUUUCUUUAGCCACAAAAUGAAGAGGUGGACCCCAUGGCUUCCGAAGUCCCCUCCAAUUCUAGAUCUUAUCAUCCUAUGACUCUCUAUUCCUGAGAAAAUCUCCAGACUUAAGCCUAGGGAUCUAAAUGCUAUUUCUAGAACUGUUUGUAUUUGUGUAGAAUGAAAUUAAGGGAAACAAAAUGGCCUCCACUGGUCAAAGGAGGGAGCAGCUGGUGUGUUUCCUAUUAUGAAGGUCUUCAAGAAGAUACUGAAUGACCACUUGUUGGAAAGGUUGUAAACUGGAUUUCUACACAGGGUUCAUUCAGACUUAGAUGACCUUUAAGGUCUUUUCAAGCUCCAUGGUUCUUGGAGUCUGUGAUUCUAAGCUUUCUGUGAGUCCCACAACUACUACCCUGGCCACCAACAUCCUCCUUUUCUUCUGGUUUGUUUUUUUUAACCAGACCUUUGAUGUCAUUAGUAUAGGGAAUGUCCAGUGAGGAAACUCCCCUUGAUGACACAGAUCAGCACCUUCUCUCAUAGAGUUACCUAGAGGUAAAGUGGUCUGCCCCAGGUAAUAUAACCAACAUGGAUCAGAAGCAAGACUUUAACCUAGGUCUUUCUGACCCUUAAUCCAACUCUCUUUCUCUAGUCAAAUCAGGUUGAGUUAAGCCAACUCCAAUCAACAAGCUUUUGUUAAGUGCCUACUAUGGCACUGGGAAUACAAA